AUGGUGGGGCGGCGCGCAGGCACCAUGAGGAUGGCCUGGACGCCGGUGAGAACCGUGAUGCUGCCACUGCUGCUGCUGCUGCUGGCUGUGCCCCCUGCGUGGCCCGCGCCCCCCACCUGCUACUCCCGGAUGCUGUCCCUGAGCCGGGAGGUCACCAAUGACUUCCAGAGACUGCUCGCUGCAGAGCUCCAGGAGCCAUGUGUGAGACACCUUCCCAGGCUGUAUCUGGACAUCCACAACUACUGUGUGCUGGCCAAGCUGCGGGAUUUUGUGGCCUCACCCCAGUGCUGGAAAAUGGCCCAGGCUGAUGCUCUGAAGGAGAAAGUGCGGAAGCUGUACACCAUCACGAACGUGUACUGCAGGAGAGAUUUGGUAUUCCUGUCAGAUGACUGCAGUGCCUUGGAAUACCCGAUCCCAGUGACCACGAUCCUGCCAGAUCGUCAGCGCUAA